ACCAUUGCAGCUUUCUGGCAACGUCAAUUGCAACACGUCACCUGCGGCGGUGAAAAAUAUGUAAUUUUUAUUGUUUACGUCUCCGAUAAGUGUGUUUUGUGGUUUUCUUUUGUAUUUAAGAUGAAAUUUGCCGAUGUACUGCGUCGCCUGGACGCCUAUCCGCGCACCUUAGAUGAUUUCAGUGUUCGCACAGUGGGCGGAGCCGCAGUUACAAUUAUCAGUACCAGCAUCAUAAGCUUACUGAUAUUCCUAGAGUUCCUUAGCUACAUGCAACCAACCCUAAAUGAAGAACUCUUCGUGGACACCACACGGGGCCACAAGUUGAGAAUAAAUCUGGACGUGACCCUACAUAAUCUGGCCUGUAAUUAUAUCUCUUUGGAUGCGAUGGACUCGUCGGGGGAUACACAUUUAAGGGUAGACCAUGAUGUCUUUAAGCACAGGCUGGAUCUUAAGGGGGAACCUCUCAAGGAGACGCCCAUCAAGGAAAUCGUAGCUGUGUCGCCGCCCAAUAAGAACGUCACAUGCGGCAGUUGCUACGGAGCGGAGCACAAUGCCACACAUUGCUGCAACACGUGCGAAGAUGUGCUAGACGCCUACAGAUUGCGCAAAUGGAACGUGGCUGUGGACAAAAUCGAGCAAUGCAAGGGUAAAUACAAACGCAGCGACGAGGACGCUUUCAAGGAGGGCUGUCGCAUCCAGGGCCAUCUUGAGGUGAAUCGCAUGGCCGGCAGCUUUCACUUUGCACCCGGCAAGAGCUUCUCCAUCCGACAGUUCCAUAUCCAUGACUUUCAGUUCAGCAAUGUGAAGCUAUCGCAUACUAUCAAUCACUUGUCAUUUGGGGAGAAAAUCGAGUUCGCCAAGACGCAUCCUUUGGACGGACUGCGAGUGGACGUCAUGGAAACAAAAAGUGAAAUGUUCAAUUAUUAUUUAAAAAUUGUACCUACGUUAUAUAUGCGGGGAAGCAGUAGCGACAAGCCCAUAUACACAAAUCAAUUCUCAGUCACGAGGUACCGAAAAGAUCUUUCAGAUCGCGAACGAGGAAUGCCGGGCAUAUUCUUUAGCUACGAACUCUCGCCGCUGAUGGUGAAAUAUGCAGAGAAGCGCAACUCCUUUGGACACUUUGCCACGAAUUGCUGUUCCAUCAUUGGCGGCGUCUUCACGGUGGCCGGCAUUCUAGCCGUGCUGUUAAACAACUCCUGGGAGGCCAUUCAACGCAAACUGGAAGUGGGCAAGCUCAGCUAACAACAAUUUGAAUCUCUUGUGCAGCUUUCAUGCUCCUUUACUACACCUAACUCAUUAUACAUUCGACAAAUCUCCAAAUAAAAGUGCUUAAUUUUAUAGAAAA